GGCUGGCGACUUGUCGCCAUUAAAGUGUAUUUGGAAGUUGUGUUUUUUUCCCCUUUACUAAUUGCACCUCCGCGCGCGGGGGUCCGUGCUAUUACCGUUGCUGAGGACACUAGGGUGCCUUGGGCGCCGCCAUUAGCUGUUGUCAGCAGCUUUGUACUGUGUCCCCCGGUUGACUUGAGCCUUACAGUUCCAGGGUGACGCUGCCACCCUUCUUGUUUAUUACCCGUCCCGAUUUCUUUAUCUUUAGUUUGUUGUGCCUUGGUUUGGCGUCAGAAUCCUGACAGCCUUUUUCUUGUUUUGUUGGUGUUUAGCAAACAUGUCGCCAUGAUGGAGUUCUCCCGUUGUCCGGUUUGUAACGCCAUGAGCUUUGGCCUGAGCCGUUGCCUGAGCUGUGUGUGCUUCUGUCCCCUCUCAGCCACUGCCGCCUACCCUGGCGAGCCAAGAGACCCCGUCAACUACUAUGGAAAAGAGCAACUGUGGUACCAGCAAAUCCCAGCCUCGUUCCUCUUCGACCGGUCCUGCUACCGGGGAAUCUAAACCUAAAACAGAUGGUAAAAAUGGAAAUGGAUCAAAAGUGCGCUUCAAUAGGAAACGAGAACCAAGUCAGCCAAAGUACGAGAGCAGUUCUGGCCAAGCACGGCGUUCCAACCCACCACGCAACAGAGGCUUCAAUAAGGUACCCCCUCAGCGUGGGGGCAACAGACCCUUCUACAUUUCUGGUAAUUGUGGAAGACGUGAAGAGGUAGUAGAGACUCGACUGGCUGAGUUCAGCCCUGCCCAGUACUCUGGCCCAAAGAAGAUUAACUUGAAUCAUUUGCUGAACUUCACUUUUGAGCCACGGGGGCAAGCAGGCCUUCAACAUGGUAGAAACUUCUAUGGAGGAUGGGGGAGACGCAACAAGUGGGGCCACAAACCCUUCAAUAAGGAGCUCUUUCUUCAGGCAAACUGUCAGUUUGUUGUAUCUGAAGACCAGGACUACAGUGUGCACUUUUCUGAUCCAGAUAUCUUGGUGAAUUGGGAGUUUGUGCAGCAGGUGAGAAUCCGCAGUCAUGAGGUCCCAUCCUGCCCGAUAUGUCUGUACCCACCUACUGCAGCAAAGAUUACACUUUGUGGACACAUCUUCUGCUGGGCAUGUAUUCUGCACUACUUGUCUCUAAGCGACAAGUCUUGGAGUAAGUGUCCAAUAUGCUAUGAUGCAGUGCAAAAGAAGGACCUCAAGAGUGUUGUUGCUCUGGAGACUCACCAGUACCAGUUGGGGGACUCUAUCACAAUGCAGUUGAUGCAAAGGCAGAAGGGAGUUCUUACAGCAUUACCCAAAUCUAAGUGGAUGAAACUAGACAAACCCGUUCAUCUUGGAGAUGAAGUGCACAGUCAGUAUUCUAAACUGCUCUUGGCAUCCAAGGGCCAGGUGCUGGAACAGAUUAUCCAUGCAGAAAGAGCAGUACUUCAGAGGCAGUACAUUGAAGAGAAGGACACACCUGAGGUCUGCUUCAUUGAAACAGCAAUGUCUGAGCUAAAGGCUCGUGAAGAUGUUCUAUGCUGCAGUGGCACAGAUGAGCAGGAGUUUAAAGUCCCUCUGUCUACAUUGGAGGACCUGACCCUGAAUGGCAUUGUUUCAAGCCACAAGCCAGAAGUGUACCUUUCUAAGGAUGUUCUGAAGUACUCUGAUGCAUUUGAAGAUGAGGUCAUUGAACAGAACUUUCUGAAUGUAGAUAAUUCAGAUGUCCAGCUCUCAGGCAAAUUUGAUAAUUUGACUUUUGAUCUGGAGGAAGCAAACCAGGAAGUAUCUAAUGAGAAUAAAGAAACUGAACUGUUGAUGGAUACAGCUGCCGGGAGCAUGGAAUUUGAUCAUAUUUCUGACUCAACAAAGGAGUUGAAUGAAAAGGACACUGCCAACUCUGGCGACUGCAAGGAUGCAACAUUCUAUUAUUUCUAUCAGGCGGAAGAUGGGCAACAUAUGUUUCUUCAUCCUGUGAAUGUUCGGUGUCUUGUGAAAGAAUACGGCAGUCUGGAGAACUGCCCAGAAUGCAUCACUGCUGAGGUGGUGGAAACUGAGGGAUUUUCAAUGACUGAGGAGCUGCGAAGACGCUAUCGCUACUUGGGACACCUGCCCCUCACCUGUGAGUUCAGCAUCUGUGAGCUUGCACUGAAACCACCAGUUGUCUCAGAAGAAAUACUGAGCACAUUUUCAGGUGACAUUGAGAAAAGAAGGCGUCUACGUCAGAGGAAAGCUCGAGAGGAACAACGUCGUGAGCGCAGGAUUGAGAUAGAGGAGAAUAAGAAACAGGGCAAAUACCCAGCUGUGCACAUGGCACUGGAGAACCUGCAGCAGUUCCCGGCAUUCAGCCCCUUCAAUAAUUCUUCAUUGUCCUCUCCCUCUACCAGUCCUGAUGGCAGCUCACUCAACUCGUGCUCUCCUGCUUGUAGACCUGGAGCAGUUUAUGCAGUGAGCUACACUAUCGUUUUUCUCGCAGCAGUACCAACAGUUUAUUGCAGUAGUGCCAUCAAUGCGCUAAACACAGGACUUAAAGGUGGUGGUAUUGCAGUAGUAACAGCAGCACCACAGACUAAUAUUGUAGUAGCAGUUCCAGUGCAGAUUAUGGCAAAGUGUAAAGCAUUGACUCACUUCAUCUCUUUUCUACAGAUGCUGAAGGAUGGAAAAGCCCGUGUAGAGGUUUGGCCAAAACCAGUCGAAAAGAAGCAAGCAGAGAACAGUUUGGCUCCUCCUAUGCGUGCUGAUAGUGAUGCUGAAAGUGACAGUUCAGACCGUGUACCAGUGCCAAGUUUCCAAAAUUCAUUCAGCCAGGCAAUGGAGGCUGCAUUUCUUCAGUUGAAAACCAGUCCUUCUGAAGCUAGCAGAGGAGAUAAUGGGAAGACAAAGAAAAAGAAGAAAAAGCAGAAAUUGCUGUUCAGCACUUCAGUUGUCCACACAAAGUAAUGCAGCAAAUAAACCUUUUCAGCCAUCAGAUCCAAACUGCUGUUCCAUCCUCAACUUCUUAAUUUAUCUACAGCAGCUGGAAAACUGGCAUCAACUCAUUCACAUGCAUGAGUGUAGUCCUUGCACAGAACCCAUUGCCUCAUAUAGAGGGACCUUUGCAGAGUUAUUGGCUUCACCUCCGGCAUUGUAUCAUCAUACCAUGUUGUCUCUUACAGGGUUGUGUACUUUGACGUUCUUCUGAAUCAGAAUCUUCACUCUUGGUGCACAAGUGGCCCUUCGCUACUUCAUCUCUACGUUUCUGAAGAGUAUUUCAGUUUCUCAAAAUGGUUUAUUUUUCUAAGAACCACUUAUCUUAAGAAAACACCAAAGCAAGGCCUUAUUGAGGAGUACACUGCAGAAUUUGUUUGCAUCAUGGUCAUAAUGUUACAGGUUCUUUUCUAACUGCUGCUGGGUAAUUUGGAGAUCAGAAUUCUUAUUGGUAUGAUUCCUAAUUUGUUGCAUUUGCAGGACAUAGCUGUGCCUUUUCUGACAAGUGUACCUAUGUUUCUUCAUGAAAGUAAAGUCUGUGUAUUUUGAAUGAAAAUUGACUAUUGUUUGGGAUAGAUGUUGGUGCUUGGCCCUGUGCCAAAAGGCAAAAGUGCAGUAUUUGCUUUGUCCUUGCUUCCAGCUUGACUUCCAAGAUAUGUUCACACUAGUGCUGCUUUACCAUCUCUUCACCUUCCUCAGUUGUUUUUGGAGGAUCUCCGUACAGAUGUACCAUACCUUCUUAUGGUGGUUACUAGAUGAUAGAGAUAUGAUGUCCUCCUUUCCAUCUGGGCUGUUGAUGUUUAGAUGUACUUGUGGCACUGUGAGGAAGUAGGAAGAUUGUAUUUAGCUGUGGUGGGACACAGACCGAGAGUAAUAGGAUUUGAGUUUGCACAGUUGGCUUUACUUGUUAUUGGUUUUGGUACUGAAGGUAUUGAAGUUGUACUACAUGUUUUCUAAUUGUUUUUUUUUAAUCUAGUUUUUGUCAUGUUGCAUUUUCUUAUAAUAGAUCCAGCUUCACAUUUACCUUUGUGUGAUUUGUUGCAGCCAUUACACUAGUCGGAAAUCCAGAUGACAAACUACCUUUCAAAUAAAAUGAGGUGUUGAAUGUUAAUGACUGCUUGUAGUUAACAUUAUGUGAAGAGGGAGGAGGGUCUGCCAUUAACUUCUGCUACAGUGAGGGUGACACUUUUAAUAGUUACUUUCAAGGGCUUUUUCCACCAGUGGCAAUGUUCUAUUGUUAACCAUAUUCACCAGUAGCAUUCACCUUUGUAAGUUUUACAUAUGUUUUGUAACUCUGGUGUUCCGGAGUAGCACUGCUAAAUGUAAUUUGCUGAGAAAAGCAGUGAGGAGAACCAUGCACUCUACACUUGAUAUGGGGAAUUGGAAUCUGUGCUUAAAGAUGGUGUUUAGGUAAUAAUUAGAUUGCAUUAUUUAAAGAUGAACGUUUUGAGCCCUGUUGACCUAAGAUGCCAGGAUGUAGUUCCAGCAUAUGCACCUGUUAAGAUGUGAUCUGAUGCACACCAGCUUAUGCCUCAACAAAAUGAUUUUUUUUGCUUUAGUUUGCUGCUAUUUUUGUUUAUAUUUACUUAAAUUCUGGGGUUUGAGUUUUGAGAGGAAAUUAAUAAAACUGUAUAUAAUUUA